CGGGAGGCGGAGGAGAGGUCGGAGCUGUCUUCAGGAGCCCUUAGAGACCGAGUCCCCGGCGGCGGCGGCGGGGGGAGCGCACCGGCAGAUUCAUUCCACCACUUACAACCUGAAAACGGUGGACCCCCGGAAGUCUUACUGGUUUCGGGUAGAAACAAUAGUUGAAGAUGUCCAGCAAAACAGCAAGCACCAACAACCUCGCCCAGGCCAGGAGGACAGUGCAACAGUUGAGAAUGGAAGCCUCCAUCGAGAGAAUAAAGGUUUCAAAGGCGUCAGCGGACCUCAUGUCCUACUGUGAGGAGCAUGCCAGGAGCGACCCUUUGCUGAUAGGGAUACCGACCUCAGAAAACCCUUUCAAGGAUAAAAAAACUUGCAUCAUCUUAUAGAGGAACGCUGAAAUGGCUCCUCGCCUCUUCUCAACAAAGCAAAUUUUGAGCAGCUCCUUGGAAGAAAUUUACUUUCAGCUUAUUUGGUAACCACUGCUAAUAACUAAAAUACUCUAACUUGGAAUAAUCGACUCUGACGUCUUUAUUUUCCAAGUUGCCCUUUCUCUAAAACACCUUUUACUGAUUUCAUCCAGAAUAACAAUCCUCUUUCCCAUUUGAUAACGAAUGGUGUCAUAUUGGUUUGGGCCAUUGAAAAAAAGACGAUUAUAUCCUUUUAAAUAUACGAAAAAGCCAGUUAUAGCCAGACCUCAGUUACCUAAGUAGCUGUGUAUAUUAAAAUGCCAAGAAUGACUUCAGUUCUAAAACCUUUACAUCCUAGUAUGUUCUCAAUAGGGUUGUGCCAACUGUACAGUGUACCUGUGUGAGGAGUGUGUUGUGUAUAUAUGUCUUUGUAUAUACACAUAUCAAUGCUUAUUUCCUUAGUAAAAUCUUUCUCCAUGCCCUCAGUUCCUCACCUUUAGAAGUCACACCUUUGCCUUGAGCUGUAUGUAGGUGGAUUUUUUUCAUGCGGUUACUGUACAGACAGUGAAGGCCAUCCUAAAGAUUGUAGCCACUGUAAUUGAGCAGCGAAGAAAUCGUGCUGACCUCUUAAGCUAUAAUCAACAGUACCAAUUAAAAACUGAACUAAAAACCCUCUCAGGAGAUAUAAGGGAGCCUUUUGGGCUUCAGUGAUCCUACAUCUAGAAGGGCGGGGCUGGUGCGGGGAGGCCUCUGGGCAGCUGUGGCCCUGGGGCUUGUGUUCUCUGGGUUAGGGGUAGAGACCUCGGAAAUGUCCACCCUCAUGCUCGGAGGGAGACUGUGCACAUGAGCCCCGCCCAAAGAGGAACAGGAAUGUGUGAAAGCCAGCUGCUUUCCUUAGCCAACCCUGGUGAAUUCCUCCUCACUGCCUGGUCCUUUAUCCUUUCCUCUCGAAUGGCUGUUUCCAGAGGUGUGGUAUCACCUCCCCAGCCCCAAGUGGGUGGAACGUGGUGGGAAAGAAACAUACAAAAGCCAAAGGUAUAAGACACUACAAAUACCUGCUGGGCCGCUGUGUUGUUUCCUACCUUGUCCACAAACCCCCCGGGCAGGCUUGGAUUCGGGGGUACAGUACUGGGGCUUCAGGGUUCCAGCAGGUGCUCAUCAGACUCUUGAUACUCCUCUGGGCAUGAGCAGAGCCCUCGCAUCCUUGGACUUGCCAGUGGCACCCGGAGGAAUCUCCUAUGGCCAUAGAGUAUUUUAGUUUUAUCAAAGGAGAAAGGAUCCCUUUUUUAAACAAAAAUGCUCACUUAAGGGCUCAAACCAUACACAACCCUUUGAGCUUCUCAAUUAUCUUUAGUUCAUUAAAAUACCUACAAGUGAAGGAUUCAAAGCUUAUUUUCCAAAAGGAUCCAACCCCAGGAUAUUACCUACAAUGGUUUCCCCUAGUUCUGUACAGUCUUGCUCUGCAACACAAUCCCCUUUUAAAAUCAAAUGUCUGGGUUUGGAGUAUGAAGCUGAUUGUGGGGGAACAAAUGCAGGGCUGUUUUUAAACUGCUCAAAUAUAGUCGGGAUUUCCCCAGGCACCUAUCUGUUCAGCAUUGGGACCUGCCCUCACUUUUCCAACAUCAUGUGAAAAUCAUGCCACUGGCCUUAACCUCUUGUCAUCUACCGCUUGGUUUUGCAAUGGGCCCCGUUUCUAAGUAAAUGAGAGGCACCUGUUUAGGAGAGCUAAAGGUGAAAUUUGAAAUGUACACCAGAAAGACAUUACAUUUAAUGCUUCACUGAACGAGGCCUUUCCUUUUAACAAGUAUAUUUUUCUACUGAUUGAGAAUAAGAUUAGUGUUCUGAAACAUUCUGAUUUUAACAUUUUUCUUUAAAUAUUUAUGAGGCAGUUUGUUAAAUAUUUUUAUGAAAUUUUAUUAUACCUUUUUGGCAUAUGUGCAACUUUUCAGUAGCAAGCAUAGUUUAUUCUUUCGUACUAAAUUAUGUCCUUUUUACCUAACAGAAAACAAAACGUGUUUUGCUAUUUGUCGAUGUGCUUGUAUUGAUAAGGAAUAGACUCGAGGUCCCAGGAGACUUCAUUUUUGCUGGUCAGAUAUCAUAAAGGCCAGGAGUGUGAAUGUCAUGUAACUUCCUAACUAGGUGUAGGGCAUGUUCAAGAGAAGUGAAAUCCCAUCCUUGGGUGCUGGACCCAGUGGGGGAAAAUUGUAGCUAAAUGUUGAUUGACUUUGAACUAGAUGUCUGUGUAAGAAAAUCUAUGUAUAGGAUAUGCAGAAGUCACUUUUAUUUAUCAGGCUCUAUUCAACUUAUGAACCACAAUUAAACUGUUCUUCAGUAGCUGGCUUAUAAUGGAUAAAUACCCAGUAUGUGUUGUGUUGUUGUUGGCGUUGUUGUUUUUCCAACUACCGCUAUAAAGACACACUUAAUCACAUUAUAUACUUGCAACUUCUUGGCUCCAUAUCUAUGAAGCUAUUUAAAUGUGUUCAUUAUUGACUUUUGUCUUUAAUGCUGCUUCUGUUAAUAGUGAUCUCCUUUUUCAUUCUUAUAUGUUCAUUAGUGCAUCAGUCUAUCCAUUGAGGCCUCAGGACCAUGGCAAAAUAUGCUAGACAAAAGUUCAUGACUCCAAAGUACUUUAUAGAAACUCAUUAUACCAGGUCGUUCACAAGGUCUAGAUUGUAGUUACUUAUUCUUCUAAAAAGAAUCAGCGUUUUACAUUUCCUUACCUUAUUAAAAUCGGAGUGCCAUAAUGAUCUUUUAAAGGAAGGACCCAACUUGCUUUCUCUCUGUACUGUUUUUGUAUUUUAAACUAUU